CUUCUGUGUAGAGAUGGCACCUGGUGACCUCAAUCGCCCCCUCAUGUUUUUUGGGGGGAGCUGUGGGUUGAUGCCUGUGACACCCCCCACCUCGCAGUGCUCGCAUGCGGGGCGGGCUCUCGGCAAAGGCACAAGAUCUUCCUUCUUCCACAUCUUUCUCCAGCUUCUCGCCCACCCUCACCUCUCCAGGGCUCAGCCUGCUGCUGCUGUCCUUGCUCCUGGUGCGAGCCGGCGUCUGGGGAUUCCCAAGGCCCCCGCAGAGCCCGCAGGAGCUGCGCAGGGAGUUCACGGUCAGCUUGCACCUCGCCAGGAAGCUGCUGUCUGAGGUUCGAGGCCAAGCGCACCGCUUUGCUGAAGCUCACCUGCCGGGGGUGAACUUGGACCUCCUGCCCUUGGGGGAGCAGUUCCCCAACGUGUCCUUGACCUUCCAGGUCUGGCGCCAGCUCUCUGACUCAGAACGACUCUGCUUCCUCUCCGCGGCGCUCCGGCCCUUCCGCGGCCUGCUGGGGGAGCUGGGGAGCCAGGCAGGCUGGAGCGGCUCCGAGAGGAUGCGGCUGUGGGCCGCGAGGCUGGACCUCCGGGACCUCCAGCGACACCUCCACUUCCAGGUGCUGGCCGCAGGAUGCGACCUCCCCGAGCAAGAGGAAAGGGAAGAGGGGAAGGGGCUGCUCCCAGGGGCUCCAGGCGGCCCCUCCCCAGCGUGGGCCCAGCUGUCCUGGCCCCAGCUCCUCUACAACUACCAGCUGCUGCACUCCCUGGAGCUCGUGCUGUCGCGGGCUGUGCGGGAUUUGCUGCUGCUAUCCAAAGCCGGGCACCCUGUCCAGGCCUUGGGGCUCCCACCACCCAGCCCCAGCCCUGACCAAGGCACUUCCGAGCCCGUGCCCCUCACCUUUUAGGGCUGGAAUCAUGGCCAACGGGACAGG